AUGAUUAAAUUUAAAUGCAUAUUGCCACAAGAAGGACAUAUAUUAGAAAUAGAAAUUACUUCAAUAAUUAAAUAUUUGUGUGAUAUUGAAAAAUAUAUAAAAGAAAAAUAUAAACAACAUUAUUCUCAAAAUACAUUUCCGCACCCUUAUACUUUGUUAACUGUUAGAAAGGCUGAUGAAAGUGAUGGUGAUGCAGUGAUAUUUGAUUCAAGCUUAAAAUUUCAAGAUGCCAUUGGUACUUUUGGUGAAGAUUUGGUGCUGAUUUAUUACACAAAAUGCAAUGAAGAUGCUUUGCUUUCUGUAAAAUUGCCAAUUCAAAAUUAUCCUAAAACAAAUCCUAAGGAACCGUAUAUAGAAUCGAUAUAUGGUCUACCCCCAGAAAUUGUUGAACCUUGGCUUGAUUUUUACGAACAUUUACCACAACAAGAAUCCUUUUCUCGUUAUCCAAAUCGCUCAAUAAAUUUGUCAUCAUUUUCUCAAUCCACAAUAACUUAUCGAGAUGACGCUAUUAAUGUAAUAGAAUCAAAUAUUUUAAAAAUUCUAAAUAAACUUUAUUCCAAGAAUUAUUAUCUUUCAUUUGAUUCAUCUCAUUAUGAUUGGAGUGAAACGGAUAACAUAACAAGCUCUUAUAAUUUCAAAGGUAGUCCGGAUUGGUCAUUUAGGAAUUAUGAUAACGAUGAUACGAUAUUAGUAAUUAGUGCCGCCACGAAAUGGGAGAUGGAUAUAAAUGAGGAGGAAGGGAAUCUCGCAUUGAUUUAUAAUGAUGGAAUAAGUAGAAUUAAAAAGGGUACGGCGAGCAAUUUAACAAGAUCACUUGUAACACAGAUCAAUCGAAUCUUUACUUAUUUAUCGCUCAAUGGACUUCAAUAUGGGGUUUUGACGACGUACGAAAACACGUGGUUUUUAACUAGACCCAAAAAAAAUCCAAAGCAACUUUUAAUUUCUAAAAGUUUCUCUCCUAAUGAUAAACGACCAACUUUACUCAAGACUUUCGCGUCUUUCCUACAUAUGAUUAGUAAUGAUCCAUCAUCACCAAUUAAUAUGCCCGAUUUUUCAAUUUCACCUCAAAUUUUGACAAUAAAUAAUAAAGAGAGAAUCCAAAUAUCAAAGCUACUCCAAUUUCUCGCACGUUUCAUUAUUAAAAUCAUAUCUAAAAUAUUACCUAACUAUUCAAUAUGUUCAACAAAACGUCUGAAGAUUAAUGAAAAAUGUUUAGGGAGCGCAAGGAUCGGAAGUGUAUUUAUAAGUUCUUAUAAAGAUGAAACCAUUGCAUUAAAGCUAUGUGACAUUUCAAAGCAUCAUGAAUUAUUAGAUGAAAUGCGCAAAGAAGUUGAAUUUUAUCAACGAAUGAAAGAUAUUCAAGGAAAUUACAUUCCAAAACUUAUCUGUAACGGAUAUAUUCUAAAUGGCAUGUUUUUUGUCAUAGGGACUUCAUACACAUUAGAUGAAAUUCACGCGCAUGAUAUUAUUCAUGGGGAUAUUAAACCUGAAAACAUUUUGAAAUUUGAUAAACCAAACGGGCAGAGGGUAAUUAGGAUUAUCGAUUUUGGAUUUUCAAAAAUAUCAUCAGAUGAGAAAGAAAAGGAGGAGGAAAAGGAAUUUUUAAGAUCAAAAUCUUCAAAUAGUAAAACAGUAUCACGCUCUAUUAAAGUUAAUGGUCAUUAUGCACCAAAACAAAUUUCACCUUGGAAAGAUUUCGAUGAUGAUUGUGAAAAAGUUUUAAAUAUUGAGGAAUACAAAAAAAUAUUUGAUAGAAACAUAGAAAAACCUAUCAUCGCAUUUGAAGAAUCAUCUAAAGUCAAGGAGGAAAAAGAUCUUUAUGACUUAUUUGAACAGGCCGUAAAUUUAUGUUUAAAGGAGUUUCUUUCACAGUUAGGUGACUCAUUUGAGGUUCUACCUGAAAAAAUACUACCAAAAUCAACGUUCACACCUGAUUAUACGGUUUCUAGAGGUAAAAAUGAAGGUUUUUUAUUGCCUAUAGAAGUAAAGCUCGAACAUAAAUUUGAAAAUAUGAUACCUGAAAUUCAUACUUUAUAUAAUGAACAAAUAGUAAAUUAUAAAAGUCGUAAUCGUAAGAAGUUCAAUAAACCAGACAUAGUACCAUUAAUUUUACAAACUUACAAAUAUAUGUUACAUGAAGAAUUUUUUUACGGGAUAUUAACUACCUAUGAUAGCACUUGGGUACUUAAAUUUGAAGUUGAUGAAGAAAAUUUGGAUGUUGAAAAGGUUUUUAUUAGUAGACGAAUCGAUAAAAAUGAAUUAGUUAAAAGAUUAAUAUGUGUUCUUUUAUUUGUUUUUCAAGAUGAAAAACGGGAAAGGAAAUUCAAUUUUAUGUUGGAAGGUUGUAAGAGACUUAAAGUCUAA